AUGUCUGACUCCGUGAUUCCUUAUCCCACUCUCUUUCUUCCGAUUAUUUUGUUCAGUUUGUUCAUGGAGCCUUCAAUGGAGAGCACGGUAGAGUAUAUGCAGUUAAUCUUCGCACUUCUCACCCGUCUACGACCCACGUUGGCGGCCAAUCUGGAAGCGGUUGGCCUUGGCCCGCAUUUCGCUUUGGCUUGGAUUGUCACAUGGUUUGCUCACGUGUUGCCGGAAAUGGACGAUGUCCGUCGUCUGUUUGAUCUAUUCCUUGCGACGGAUCCCAUCAUGUUGAUCUAUCUCUCCGUUGCGGUCAUCAUUCGUAGUGAUGAUGAGGUGCAAUCCACGACAGCAGAUUUCGGUCUCCUACACCAGACCUUGCUACGUCUGCCCAAGAAACACCCGGUGGAAGACCUCGUGAAGCAUUCCGUGAAGUUGUGGAUCCUUGUCCCUCCGGAAGAGCUACUGGAAUUGGGCAAACAACGCCAAGCACUGUCACUUUCCUCUCGCGAGGCGGGAAUUAGGAAAUCGGGCAAAUUCUUCAAAGGCAGACAGGAUUUAAAGUGGUUUUUGGGCGCUUUCCUAUUCGCAUCGUUGGCCUACCUGGUGUAUUGGUGGCGUGCAAGCUGAUCAAUCUUCGUGUCCCCUCGUUACACUCUCAGAGUGCAAUAUCGGCGACCUUCAAUUCUCCCGCAAGGACUCUGAUGCCGACUAUUCCUUCCUUUUCUGUGAUCGCACUAGCAGCAGUGCAACCAAACGGACUAUGUUUUUUAUUUUUGUACAUUAUGUCGUCAUUUAUGAUUCAUUAAAACAUUUUACUAGUGA